CUCUCUCCUUUAUAUCCUUCUAAUCUACACUCUCACACUUCAGGGCUCAAAAACACAAUCCUCUCAAUUUGAGCUCCCUCCUCACUUCUCUCUCUAUUUUUUCUCUCUAAGACCCCUCCACAAUUCCUCCAAUGGCGUCACCGCCGGACACGAGCAAGACCACUAAACUCGAGCGCUACAACAGUUACAUCAGAAGAGUAAACAGCACCAAGCUAUUGGCUGCUUCCUCCAAACUCCUCUUUCGCGCCACUCUGUUAGUCGCCCUGGUCUUGAUUUUCUUCUUCACCAUGAAUUACCCGCCACUUUCUGACAACAACAACCACCAGCACCUCCACACCACCCACAAUUUCCUAUCCUCCGCCUUCUACGGCGGAGGCGCCAAUUGGGAGAAGCAAGUUCGCCACUCCUCCACCCCGCGCCGCCCCAGCGGCUUCUCCGUCCUCGUUACCGGUGCCGCCGGCUUCGUCGGCACCCACUGCUCCAUCGCCCUGAAAAAGCGCGGCGACGGCGUCCUCGGACUCGACAACUUCAACUCCUACUACGACCCGUCCCUGAAACGCGCUCGCCAGAAGGUUCUAGAAAAACACCAGAUCUUCGUUGUGGAAGGCGACCUAAACGACGCCGAAUUGCUCGGCAAGCUUUUCGACAUUGUACCUUUCAGUCACAUCCUUCACUUGGCUGCUCAGGCGGGUGUACGUUACGCUAUGCAGAACCCCCAGUCCUACGUGAGCUCGAACAUUGCUGGCUUCAUUAACCUCCUCGAGGUCGCCAAAUCGGCUGAUCCUCAGCCGUCGAUUGUGUGGGCCAGCUCGAGCUCCGUCUACGGACUCAAUAAACAGAACCCGUUUUCCGAGCUCCACCGGACUGACCAACCCGCAAGUCUCUACGCAGCCACCAAGAAAGCUGGAGAGGAAAUUGCCCAUACUUACAAUCAUAUUUACGGCCUUUCUCUCACGGGGCUCCGAUUCUUCACGGUGUACGGCCCGUGGGGCAGACCCGACAUGGCCUACUUUUUCUUCACCAAAGACAUACUCCAAGGGAAGUCUAUUAACAUAUACCAGACGCAGGACGAUAAGGAGGUGGCGCGUGACUUCACGUACAUUGACGACAUCGUUAAAGGGUGUGUCGGGGCGCUGGACACGGCGGAGAAGAGCACUGGGAGUGGCGGGAAGAAGCGGGCGCCGGCACAGCUGAGGGUUUACAAUCUGGGUAACACGUCGCCGGUGCCGGUGGGGAAGCUGGUGUCCAUUUUGGAGAAUUUGUUGAAUGUGAAGGCGAAGAAGAACGUGAUUCGGAUGCCCCGAAACGGUGACGUUCCGUUCACGCACGCUAACGUGAGCCUGGCGUACAGAGACUUCGGGUACAAGCCCACCACCGACUUGGCAACCGGGUUGAGGAAGUUCGUGAAGUGGUACGUUAGUUAUUAUGGUAUUGAAUCGAGGGUAAAAAAGGAAAUGGCUAGCACCAAUAAACACUCCGAUGAUUCAGCAUAAUCACAUCAACCACACAUCACAUGGGUAUUUUUUAUUUUUAUUUUUAUUUUUUCCACUAAAAAAAAUUAAAUUUCUGUUUUUAAGAUAUUAUUAUUAUUAUGUUGAAUGGUCCUUUGUAUUGUUGGAUCAAUUGCUGUUGUUGUAAUAUAGAUAUAGAUUUUUAUAUACAACACAUAAAAAGGGGAAGGAAGGAGGAAGGAGGAAGGAGGAAGGAGGAAGUGUAGAUCUGUGAAGUUGGGAUGUAAUAAUGUAUUGUUGGGUGUAGAGGAACAUGGUUGGAUUUGCCAGAAUGGAUGCAGAUCAACCGUUGGAUUUGAAAUAAAUAAAUAAAUAAAUAAAAAAAAAAACAUUGUGACUGAUUUGGACAACAA